AUGGCCACAGAGCAGGUGAGGGGGCAGCAUGGCCCAGACCCGCCCCCCGGACCCCGGAAGCCCCCUGUGGGGGUCACGGCUUCCAGUAGCGGUGCUGAGGGGCUCCCCUUGACCAGGAGGAGGAGCAGCAAGAGGGCGAAGGGACUCCGAGGGUCCCGGAAGGGCACUGGCAGCUCUGGGGAGCAGACCCUCACGCAGGGCCCCAAGGCCCUGGGGAGCAGCAAGAACCCCUCCGGGACUGGAGACGGGCAGGAGGGGCCAGCCUCUCGUCGCCAGUCCCACCGGCAUCGUCCUGCCCCCCAGCACGAUCCUGCUCAGAGGACAUACGGGACCCUGCUCAACCGCAUCUUUGGGAAGGACCGCGAGCUGGGCCCCGAGGAGCUGGAUGAGCUUCAGGCUGCCUUCGAGGAGUUUGACACGGACAGCGAUGGCUACAUCGGCUACCGGGACCUGGGCGAGUGCAUGCGGACACUGGGCUACAUGCCCACGGAGAUGGAGCUCAUCGAGGUCUCCCAGCAUGUCAAGAUGCGAAUGGGUGGCCGCGUGGACUUCGAGGAGUUUGUGGAGAUGAUGGGCCCGAAGCUGAGGGAGGAGACGGCGCACAUGCUGGGGAUGCGGGAGCUGCGCAUCGCCUUCCGCGAGUUUGACAGGGACAGGGAUGGGCGAAUCACGGUGGCAGAGCUGCGACAGGCAGCACCGGCUCUGCUGGGGGAGCCACUGGUGGGUCCUGAGCUGGACGAGAUGCUCCGAGAAGUGGACCUCAAUGGGGACGGCACCGUAGACUUCGAUGAGUUUGUGAUGAUGCUUUCUACCCACUGAGUCUCCAGGAGGGAGACUGCUGCCC